AUCCAUUUUAUUGCUUGAACCGAAGCAGAAUGUAAAACGUAGAAAGAGAAGGAGCUCAACUUUCAAAACAAAGACGCAGCCCAACAGACGGACACCGGUCGGUCGGGUCUCUCGCAUUUCCAACCCACAAAGACAUAACAAAGAUGACGUCAGAAAGCAACUGAACAAUUUUUUUAGAGAGAGAGAGGGAUCUCUAAAACACACAUCUUUUUCCGCUUUUUCCCAAGUGAAAUUAGCGUUGGUCGGAUUGGAGGGAUGGCCGGGUACAGAGCUGAAGAUGACUACGACUACCUCUUCAAGGUGGUGCUGAUCGGGGACUCGGGUGUGGGCAAGUCCAACUUGCUCUCCAGGUUCACUCGCAACGAGUUCAGCCUCGAGUCCAAGUCCACCAUCGGCGUCGAGUUCGCCACUCGGAGCUUGAACGUGGAUGGCAAGGUUAUCAAGGCCCAAAUUUGGGAUACCGCUGGCCAAGAAAGGUACCGAGCCAUAACUAGUGCUUACUAUAGAGGGGCAGUUGGUGCGCUGCUCGUGUAUGAUGUCACUAGGCAUUCCACAUUUGAAAAUGUUGAGAGGUGGUUAAGGGAGUUGAGAGAUCACACGGAUCCAAACAUUGUGGUCAUGCUCAUUGGUAACAAAUCAGAUCUUCGUCACCUUGUGGCGGUCUCAACUGAGGAUGGGAAAUCUUUUGCCGAGAGGGAGUCCCUCUUCUUCAUGGAAACUUCUGCUCUGGAAGCGACUAAUGUGGACAAUGCAUUUGCUGAAGUUCUUACUCAGAUCUACCAUAUCGUAAGCAAGAAGGCCAUGGAGGCCAGAGAUGAUGCUGCAAAUUCAGCUGUUCCCUCCAAAGGAGAGAAAAUUGAUGUCAAUAAAGAUGUUUCUGCUGUGAAGAAAGGUGGAUGCUGUUCCACCUAGAGUUUUGGUUUAGGCUGAUGUGGAUUGUUUGUUGUGCAGCAUCUGUUUCUAUCAUUGUUGUGCAGCAUAUGUGGAGAUUGUUUUUCAAUGUACAAUUAGAUUGUUUUUCAGAGACGCCUACUGUAGGAGAUAGGCUAUAUAUGUUUCCACUUUACUUAAAAUUUUUUGGUGUGGACUGAAAUUUUUAGGUAAGAACUUGUGCAGGAUCUGGGUAUUUAUACCUAUUGCUUUCAAUUAGGUGCUGUACCGGAUGGGCUCAAAUUCGCACCAAAUAUUUGUUUGUUGAGAUUAUUGCUCAGAAUUCAGACCCAUAAUCAAAGUUUCUGUAUUUUCA